AUGCGGACCCGCGGGCAGCGGGAGGAGGAGGGGGACGAGGGCAGGGCCCGGGGACCCGAGGGCGACGGCGAGGACCCCGGGGCCCGCACCAUCAAGGCCGUCAUCGUCGGGGACGGGGCCUGCGGAAAGACCUCGCUGCUCAUGGUCAUGGCCCAGGGAAAGUUCCCCGAGGAAUACGUGCCCACCGCCUUCGACAAAUACUCCACCCCGGUGCAGCUGGAGGGGAGGCCCGUGCUGCUCGAGCUCUGGGACACGGCAGGCCAAGAGGACUACGACCGCCUGCGGCCGCUCUCCUACGCCGACGCCAAAGUCCUCCUCCUCUGCUAUGACGUCACCAACGCCACCAGCUUCGAGAACGUCCGCAACAAGUGGUACCCGGAGGUCACCCACUUCUGCCCGGGGGUGCCCAUCCUGCUGGUGGGCUGCAAGACGGACCUGCGCAACGACAAGGAUCAGCUGCAGCGGGUAAAGAAAAGCGGCCAGGACCCCAUCUCCUAUCAGAAGGGCCAGGCGCUGGCGAAUAACCUGGGGGCCGUCGCUUACCUGGAGUGCUCGGCUCGGCUCAAAGACAACAUCGAGGUCAUCUUUCAGCAGGCCGCGGCCGCCACGCUCGGAAGCCCCCAGAAAGGCUUCUGGAGGGGCAUGAGGAAGAAAUAUAUGUGCUGUGUGACGGGCUGAGCCCGUCUGCUCCCGCACGGACCGUUCUCCCCCGACGCGUACACGCGAACACGCGCCCGCACGCCGGGCCGGGCCGCCCCGCCGCCUGGACACCGGCCCCCCUCCCCAGCCUGGACCAUCCCUCCUCCCUGGACCGCCCGUCCUCCCCCGCCCACCUCUCCGGAUGCGUCCGUGGCCCCGGCAGGCCCGGGCUGGGACACCCCCACGCCCCGCCCUCGCUCCCCACUCUUGGACCCGCUGGGUCCCCACCCGUGGAGCCGCCCGUCCCCCUCCUCCAGGCCCAAAUCUGCAAUAAAGGGAUUCGCAGUAACCCCCGGGGGCCGGAGGGCUUUGGGCCUGACUGGAGCUGCCGGGCCGCUGCGGGAGGACGCGAUGGUUCUCCGUGGUCCGCAGGGAACCGGGCGUCCCGUCGCGCCGCGGUCGGAUGGAACCCAGAGAAGGACCGACACCGGCACGGGGUCACACGGCGCCGGGAGAGUAACUGAGG